GCUCUGUCCCUGUAUUCUUUCUCGGCUAAAACCAUGAGAGAUUGACCAUUGUUUGCGUCUGAUUUGUAUAGUGAAAACAAUUGUUCUUUAUUCCCUCAGAUUAAAGAAAGCAAGAAUUGGAAGAAGCCAACAUGCACUUGCUCCAAGACUGGGUGCUUUUUGGUCUACAUGCAGGCGCUGGGCUUCAACGGCAAUUCGAAUAUUUUCGACUUUACAACAGAUAUUGAAUUGGAACUGAAACAUCCUCGAGGUUUUUUUUUUUUUUUUUUUUCGUUUAUUCGCCUUCGGCAUGUUUGUGACUAGAUUCUUGCACCUGAUCACAACUGUAUAGCUCAACCAAGAAGAAGAAGAAGAAGAAGUAGAAGAAGAGGAGGAGGAGGAGAGAUUGCUGGUGACUAUCAUGUUAGAGGAGGAAACUGAUCCAUGGAGGAUCAUCCUGCUUGCUUUCUUGGUGUUUCUCGGAGUUAGCGUUGUUCUUGGAGAUUCUCUGGACACGGACAGAGUAGUCCUGUUGGAUCUGAAAUCAUUCCUUGAGGAGUCCAAUCAGGUGAACAGAGGUUACUACUCUGAAUGGAAUCAUUCGAGCUCGAACCCGUGUGAUUGGACGGGCAUCAAGUGCAGUUCCGACAGCAAUAGGGUCAUUGGCGUGAACCUCUCCGAGAAUGGCAUUUCGAAAACCCUGUUCUCGAAUUUCUCCGCCUUGACAGAGCUCUCCCAUCUCGAUCUCUCGAAGAACACCCUCAGCGGGCAGAUUCCAGCUGAUUUGAGCCGCUGCAACAGCCUCGUGUACCUCAACUUGUCACACAACAUCCUGGACGGCGUACUGAACUUGACUGGUUUGAACAGCCUGCAGACGCUUGAUUUAUCGAAGAAUCGCAUCAGUGGCGGAGUUCAGACCAGCUUUCCCGCAAUUUGCAACAGCUUGGUGGUUCUGAACAUUUCGGAGAAUAAUCUCACCGGUAGCAUCGAGGACGUCUUCGAUCUGUGCUAUAAGUUGCGGUAUCUUGAUUUGAGCAUGAAUGAUUUCAGCGGGAACAUAUGGAAAUGGUUUGGAAGGCUUCAGGAGUUCCUUAUUUCCGACAACCAUUUGAGCGGAAGUAUCCCCGCAUCGAGUUUUACGGAUAAUUGCAGUUUAGAAGUAUUGGAUUUGUCCGGAAAUAAUUUCUCGGGGCAGUUUCCGGGAAACAUUUCGAACUGCCGGGACUUGGUCAUAUUACAUCUUUGGGGAAACAACUUCACGGGCCAAAUUCCGCCAGAGAUAGGGUGGAUCACCGGUCUCGAAGCAUUGUUUCUAGGAAACAACAGCUUUUCGAGAGAUAUUCCCGAAUCUCUGCUCAACUUGAAGAGGUUGGCUUUCUUGGACUUGAGCAGGAUUAACUUUGGGGGUGAAAUACAAGAGACUCUUGGGAAGUUCACCCAGGUCAAGUAUCUAGUACUGCACACAAAUUCCUACACUGGCGGAUUGUAUUCGUCUGGUAUUCUUAAUCUGACGAACAUCGUCAGAUUAGAUCUGAGCUACAAUAAUCUAUCUGGUCCGCUACCUGUUGAAGUGUCGCGAAUGCCGAGUUUGAAGUUCUUGAUUCUCGCCUUCAACCAGUUCAACGGAAGCAUACCCUUGGAGUACGGCGACUUUCCGCUCCUCCAGGCGCUCGAUCUCUCCUUCAAUGAACUGACUGGGACGAUCCCCUCGAGCCUCGGAAAGUUGAGCUCUCUUAUGUGGUUGAUGCUGGCGAAUAAUCAGCUUGUAGGCGAGAUUCCGCCAGAAAUUGGGAACUGCUCUAGCUUGUUAUGGUUAAACCUGGCCGACAACAAGCUCUCCGGACAUAUGCCACCGGAGCUAUCAAAUAUAGGCCAAAACCCGAAGGCUGCUUUUGAAUCAAACCAGCAAACUGACAGGAUCAUACCGGGCUCGGGCGAGUGCUUAUCUAUGAAGAGAUGGAUUCCUGCAGAUUAUCCUCCUUUCAGUUUCGUGUAUGCCAUUCUUUCCAGGAGAACAUGUCGGAACUUAUGGAACCAAUUGCUCAAAGGAGUCGGGCUGUUCGCGAUAUGCACCCCCGGUACAUUGGUCAGGACGUAUCAAAUAUCGGGUUAUGUUCAGCUCAGCGGGAAUAGGCUUUCUGGUGAGAUUCCUUCCGAUAUCGGCAAGAUGCGUAACUUUAGCAUGUUACACAUCGGCGACAACAACUUUUCCGGGAAGCUCCCUCAGGAAAUAGGAGAAUUGCCCCUGAUGGUUCUGAACAUUUCCAUCAACCGGUUUUCCGGGGAGGUCCCGUCGGAAAUAGGCGAGAUCUUGUGCCUCCAGAAUCUCGACUUGUCCUACAACAAUUUCUCCGGCACUUUCCCCGUGAGCCUGAACAAUUUGACAGGGCUGAGCGAGUUCAAUGUUUCCUACAAUCCGAUGAUAUCUGGUGUGAUCCCCGCGACCGGGCAGUUAUCCACUUUCGAGAAGGAGUCCUUCCUCGGCGACCCUCUGUUGGUCCUCUUGUCUUUCCCUAAUCAAUCGCACUAUCCGUGGGCGAACAACACGACAUCCAGGCCGAGGCUAAAGAAGCCUCCGAGGUUCAGCGUCUUUCUAGUACUCUUUGCUCUGGUUCUUGCUUUUUUGGUAUUUGGAAUCUUCUUAUUCGUGCUCUUCUCGUCGGUGAAGAGCCCGCUUGACUUCCCCGAAUACCUGCUGGAAGAAAUUAAGUACCGCCGCGAAUUCGGAUCUAGCUCGAGCAGUUCGUCCCCUUGGUUAUCCGAGUCGGUUCCGGUGAUCCAAUUAGUCAAGCGAGCAUUCACUUAUGGUGACAUUCUGAAGGCGACCAGCAAUUUUUCGGAUGAGAAAGUGAUUGGGAAGGGUGGUUUCGGGACAGUCUACCGAGGCGUGUUGCCGGACGGGAGAGAGGUGGCUGUGAAGAAGCUCCAAAGAGAAGGCAUUGAGGGAGAGAAAGAGUUCCAAGCCGAGAUGGAGGUCUUAUGCGGAGACCGCUUCGACUGGCCGCACCCAAAUCUGGUGCCGCUCUACGGUUGGUGCCUAUACCGGUCGGAGAAGAUACUGGUGUACCAGUACAUGGAGGGAGGGAGCCUGGAGGAUCUCAUCCCGGAUCGGGUGCACCUGACGUGGCAGAGGCGGAUGAACGUGGCGGUCGACGUGGCCCGGGCCCUGGUGUUCUUGCACCACGAAUGCUACCCUCCUAUAGUGCACCGCGACGUGAAGGCGAGCAACGUGCUGCUCAACAAGAGCGGGAGGGCCCACGUGACCGACUUCGGCCUGGCCCGGAUCGUGGAUGCCGGGGACAGCCAUGUGAGCACGGUGGUGGCCGGCACGAUCGGGUAUGUGGCGCCCGAGUAUGGGCAGACGUGGAAAGCUACGCCCAAGGGCGACGUGUACAGCUUCGGAGUGCUGAUAAUGGAGCUGGCCACGGGGAGGCGGGCCGUGGACGGCGGGGAGGAGUGCUUGGUGGAGUGGGCGAAGAGGGUAAUGGGGAGCGGGCGCCAGUCCGCCCGGUCCAUCAUCCCCGUCGCGCUCAUGGGUUCGGGACUGGCGGAGGGCGCCGACGAGAUGUGCGAGUUGCUGAGGGUCGGGAUGCGGUGCACGGCCGAGUCGCCACAGGCCAGGCCGAACAUGAAGGAGGUGCUGGGCAUGCUGUUCAGGGCAUCAAGCCGUCAGGCCAACCGUUCUCACUCCUCUUCACCACCUUCUUCCCUCUGACCUGAUUCGAAAAUCUUUUCUGAGCAAUGUUAGGACUUAGGAGGAUGCUUUUUUGGUUUUUUGUCUUCCUUUGCUUUGGGUUCUAUCACAUUCUUCUUGUACACAGGAACAUCAGUUGAUA